CAUUUCCACGUUCAAGAAAACGCUUAUCGAGUCCCUGAAGCCGGGGAGGCAUUAUAGGCUCGUAAAUGCCACGUGCCACCCUACCUUCGGCAUCGAACUUAAGGCUGACUCAAUCAUCAUGGACACCCUGUUUGAGUUGACAGAAGAUGAGAAGAAAAUGAGGACAAAUUUCUUUUCUUCUCCUACAUUCACUAUGGCUGAAGCAUCCUCGUUGGCUAACUGCACGAGACUCUGCCUUGGUCCGGUCCAAGUAAAAAGUAUUGGUGAGACCGGUGUAGUUUCUACCGGGUCAAGGCGGAGAGAGGUGCAGUUGGCAAUGGAGGGCAGAUCUGCUCUCCUUACCCUCUGGGGUAAGGACACAUAUCUUGAAGUCGUUACUGGGGAGCUGUACAUCGUACAGAAUAUAGUCCCCAGUAACGACUUUAACAAACAGCGUUGUUAUUCUUCUACACCCCUAACAAAGUUUGAGACUUACGAAAGCGCGGAGUUGAUGGAACAUUUUGAAGGGGUGGUGCAAUCGGUAUCGUUUACCAGCAAUCUCAUCGAAAUCCAGGAUCACAUGUUUACAAUAUCCAAGAACAACCUGGCGAAGAUUUUCCCUGGGGGAAAUUCAAGUUUGUAG